GUCAAUUCUAACAAGAUGGCGGAAGUAAAAUCACGCCGUGUCGCGCAAACUGAAGAUUUGUCGAAUGUGGAGUUUGAAACCAGCGAAGAUGUCGAGGUUAUCCCGACUUUUGAUAAUAUGGGACUCCGCGAUGAGCUACUACGAGGGAUUUAUGCCUACGGUUUUGAAAAACCGUCGGCAAUUCAACAGCGAUCUAUUAAACCAAUUAUGAAAGGGAGAGAUGUGAUCGCCCAAGCACAGUCUGGAACGGGUAAAACAGCCACCUUUUCAAUUGCCAUAUUGCAAUCGCUGGAUACGCAGGUGCGUGAGACUCAGGUUCUCUGUCUGUCUCCCACACGUGAGCUUGCUACACAAAUUCAAAAAGUAAUAUUGGCUCUUGGUGACUUUAUGAACGUGCAAUGCCAUGCGUGUAUCGGAGGUACCAAUUUAGGCGAAGAUAUCAGAAAAUUGGAUUAUGGACAACAUGUUGUGUCCGGUACCCCGGGGCGAGUAUUUGAUAUGAUAAAACGCAGAGUAUUGAGAACCAGAGCGAUAAAAAUGUUGGUUUUGGAUGAGUCGGAUGAGAUGCUCAACAAGGGAUUCAAAGAACAGAUCUACGACGUCUAUCGGUAUUUGCCUCCAGCUACCCAAGUCGUACUAGUUUCCGCUACACUACCCCAUGAGAUCCUUGAAAUGACCAGCAAGUUUAUGACUGAUCCUAUACGUAUUCUUGUUAAACGCGAUGAAUUGACACUGGAAGGUAUUAAGCAAUUUUUCGUUGCGGUCGAGCGCGAAGAAUGGAAAUUUGAUACUCUGUGCGACCUUUACGAUACCCUUACAAUAACCCAAGCUGUUAUUUUCUGUAACACGAAACGCAAGGUAGACUGGCUUACAGAAAAAAUGCGCGAAGCAAACUUCACCGUAUGUUCCAUGCACGGAGAUAUGCCGCAAAAAGAAAGGGACAACAUAAUGAAGGAAUUUAGAUCUGGUCAGAGUCGAGUACUAAUCACAACGGACGUGUGGGCUAGAGGAAUAGAUGUACAACAAGUAUCAUUGGUGAUAAACUACGAUCUACCCAAUAAUCGAGAAUUGUACAUACACCGAAUUGGACGUUCGGGACGUUUUGGAAGGAAAGGUGUAUCCAUCAACUUCGUCAAAACCGAUGACAUCAGAAUUCUACGUGAUAUUGAGCAAUACUAUUCCACUCAGAUUGAUGAGAUGCCUAUGAAUGUCGCCGAUUUAAUCUAAUGCAAAUAUUUCCUGCUCUCUUCAACGUUUUGAUGAUAGCAAACAAUCGUAUUAUUUGUUUUUGUUGCAAAGUUCUAAAUAGCUACGAAGUAACGCUAGAUUACUUGUACCAGUUUCUUCUGCCCUGUUCAUCCUAUUUGUCAGAAAAGAAACAAUGGCGCAACAUUUUCUACCUGUGAAUAAAUAUCUAUCAUUAUUUAUAUUAAUAAUUAUGCGUACCUGGAACACCGUUGUUGCAGGUUUAUUGAAAGCUGCUCAUUUUUUUUCAUUGCGUUAGUUCAUUUCAAAUUCAUGUGAAACCU